AUGCCCGGCGGCCUGACGGGAAGUCCGCAGAAGUUGGAAGACGAUGGAGUCGUCGACAAUCCGCAAGUCGAACUGACUGAUAACGAGCUGUGGAAGAAGUUCUCGGAAAGAGGAACCGAAAUGAUAAUUACUAAAGGUGGAAGGUCAGUUUACUUUGCAUUAGAAAUAAUUGAAAUGUUGUCAAUACUCAGAAGAAUGUUCCCGUCGUACAAAGUGAAACUGAGCGGACUGGAUAAGUACAGCAAGUACAUCAUUCUGAUGGACCUGGUCCCGGUCGACCACUGUCGUUACAAGUUCAACAGCAGCCGAUGGAUGGUGGCAGGAAAAGGGGAUCCAGAGAUGUCGAAGAUGCCCUACUACCAUCCCGAUUCCCCUGCUUCAGGUCACAAUUCCAAUUCUUUUUUGUUAAUAAUUCCAUUUUGUUUUCAGGGGAGUUUUGGAUGUCAAAAGGCGCAAAUUUCCACAAAAUGAAACUGACGAAUAACAUCAACGAUCGGCUCGGAUAUGUGAGUUUUUCGGUAGAUGACAAACUGGCAUUUACGAGUGGAAACGAGUCAAAUCCCAUUUAUAUAUCUUUUUCUCCUAUGCGGUCUAUGCAGUCAAAAGUUUGGUUUUUAAAAAAAGGGAAUCGAGUGUGUUGUGGUGUACGGUACAGAUCAGUUCAAUGUUGAAAUGUUCUCACUUGUCAUCCAUCACUUUCCUCCGUCACACUAUGAUGAUCUUUUCUCAGCCUAUUAUGGGGGAACUCUCGGCGUUUCCGUUCUAAUUACACCCAACUCCCGAUCUGUGAUCUCAUCUCAUUUCAGAUGGUUCUCAACUCGAUGCACAAGUACCAGCCUCGCCUUCACAUUGUCCGUUGCAACGACUUCUCCCAACUGCCCACCGCCACCUUCAAAACGUUCGUCUUCGAAGAGACCGAGUUCAUCGCAGUGACUGCUUAUCAAAACGAGACGGUACAAUUCGACGCCAUGGAUUUUCAAUUAUUGAGUUUUCUAGGUUACUCAAAUGAAGAUCGACCACAAUCCGUUUGCGAAAGGGUUUCGAGAUGCCGGGGCCGGGAAGCGGGAGAAGAAGAGACUGCUGAACGGAUCGAGUGAUGACGUGGCAGGCCAUUCUCCGGAUCCUUCCAAUUCUGAAGACGAAGAGCCGCUCAAGAAGAAAAGGAAAUCUCCCGUGAAGCCGCAAGAGGACCCCCUCUCGGACAUGAAGAUUCCUUUCAACCUUCUGGCGCACUGGCAGAUGACUCUGUUCACUGCUCUCGGGAGUCACCCACUCCUCGCCAAUACACAAAACGAAUCGGAGCUCGUAGAGAACUCUGAGUCUAUUAAAGAUUCCGAGGCGCCCGCGAAGAAAAGUGGUUUCGACGUGCUCGAUUUGCUCGGCAGACCCUAA